AUUAUGAGUGGUGGCCCUGGUGAUGCUGCAGCGAGGCGGGCGGGAGGAAAAAACGAGAGAGGAGGGGAGGGGUCGCUCCAUCCCCUCGCGCCCACCGAAUCCAUUUCUCACAGCGCGCGGGGCUGCUGGCGGGAAGGCACGAGCGAGAGAGAGAGGGAGUGAGAGAGGGAGAGAGAGAGAGUGCGUGUCUGUGAGUGCGCGUGGAUUGCACCACCGCAUCCCCGUUCACCGCUUUUUUUUCUGCAGGCGGCCAUGCUCUGAUGGAGAGAAUAAACCUGACAACCUUCUCUUCUCCCCCAGAUUUAGCCGCCUUGUAACCCCCCCACCCCACCCUCGGCCCCCCCACACCAAAGUCGUCGUCGUUCCAGAUGUGACUGACAGGUCGUUUUAUGUCGCCCGCAUCGAGCCCUGCCGUGCCGUUCACCUCGGAGAGACUGUGACACCAUGGCUUUGGUUAUGGAACCUAUAAGUAAAUGGACACCAAAGCAAGUGCUGGACUGGAUGAAAGGUCUGGAUGACUGUCUCCAGCAGUACGUGAAGAGCUUUGAGCGGGAGCAGAUGGGAGGAGAGCAGCUGCUGCACAUCACCCAUCAGGAGCUGGAGGAGCUGGGUGUCACCAGAAUAGGACAUCAGGAGCUCAUCCUGGAAGCUGUCGACCUCCUCUGUGCCCUGAACUACGGCCUAGAGACAGAGAACCUCCGAACUCUUUCCCACAAGCUGAACGCCUCAGCGAAGAACCUCCAGAACUUCAUCCUGGGUCGGCGGAGGGGCGGACACUACGAUGGACGAGCUUCUCGAAGGCUACCCAACGAUUUCCUCACUUCGGUGGUGGAUCUAAUUGGUGCAGCCAAGAACCUGCUGGCCUGGCUCGACAGGUCUCCAUUUGCCAGUGUGACAGAGUAUUCAUUACUGAAGAACAACAUCGUGCAGCUCUGCCUAGAAUUAACCACCAUUGUACAACAGGAUUGCACUGUGUAUGAGACAGAGAAUAAGAUUCUUCACGUGUGUAAGACCUUAGCAGGGAUAUGUGACCACAUCAUCUCUCUGUCGUCUGACUCUCUGGUCUCUCAGUCUGCCCAUCUGGAGGUGGUCCACCUUACCAGCAUCAUGCCCAGCGAAGGGCUGGGGAUGUAUAUCAAAUCAACAUAUGAUGGGCUUCACGUUAUUACCGGAACAACAGAGAAUUCUCCAGCAGACCAGUGUAAGAAGAUCCAUGCAGGGGAUGAGGUGAUCCAAGUCAACCACCAGACAGUGGUGGGCUGGCAGCUGAAGAACCUGGUGAAUGCUCUGAGAGAGGACCCAUGCGGAGUCAUCCUCACGCUGAAGAAAAGGCCUCAGAACACCCUGAGCUCCACGCCGGCUCUGCUCAGGAACGUCCGCUGGAAACCGCUGGGCCUGCAGCCGGUUCCCACCAGCCCCACCAGCACCUCCCCAACACCUGGAGGAACUUUGGGCAUGUCCAAGAUGGACGCCCCCAGCAUGCAGGACGUCUACAUCCUGUCUCCUGUCUCUGGACUCUACAGCACCAGGGAGGAAAUGGGUCUGAUGUCAUGUGACGACAUCAGCCGCUACAGCUCCCAGUCCGGCUCCAAAGGUUCAGAAGCAGUCAGCUACUACCUGGACCAGGACAGCGGUCAGUACUUCUCGCUGCUGGAGGGUGAAGGACCGCCAGGGCCCGACUACGACAGGAGCCGCAACACCGGGGUUCGCCGGCGGGACAAGACCCCCACCCAUGGUGACCUCAGACCCGUUUCCAUGCCUCCCGAAUAUAACUGGAUGGCCGAGGCCAAGGAACCCAGCAUGGGCAAGAGAGGGAGCCGAGAUUCAGACAACUCCCUGCUGCGUUACCUUAGUGACGACAAGAUCCUGGUGAUCGAGGAGGAGCCCGAGGCUCCGGGCAGAGAAAGCCGGAGGGAUUCCACGAGACGCUCUCGGCGCAAGAGCCGCAAUCCCAGCAGCCCCAGCUUUCCUAUCAGCCCCUCCAUGCUGUCCUCCACGCUGCGCCUCGACCAGCCACCUGAACCUUUGCCUCGAGGUGCAGACACACUUCGAGCAGACACGACAGACAGGUACUCGGGCUCAGGAAGCUCAGGAGCUGCAUCCAUGAGGAAGUCUUUCCAUUACACCUCUCUAAGAACGAAAACCAAAAAGAGAAGUAAAGGUUCCCUCACUAGUGCCAGUCGAAGGAGAAUCUCCUGUAAGGAUCUGGGUCACGGUGACUGUGAGGGCUGGCUAUGGAAGAAGAAGGACGCUAAAGGCUACUUCACCCAAAAAUGGAGGAAAUAUUGGUUUAUCCUCAAAGAGUCUUGCCUGUACUGGUACACCAACCAAAAUGAUGAGAAGGCUGAGGGCUUCAUCAGCCUCCCCGAGUUCAGAAUAGACCGAGCCAUAGAGUGCAGACGGAAAUUUGCCUUCAAAGCCUGUCAUCCCAAAAUCAAGAGCUUCUUCUUCGCCACAGAUUGUCUGGAGGAAAUGAACAGGUGGAUGAACCGGCUGGGUCUAGCUGCUAUUGGCUACACGCCGGACGAUAAGGUGCCACGCCCCGAUGAAGACUACUGGAGCGAGAGCGAUCAAGACGAGGUCGACGGCUCGAUGACGCUCAAGCAGGAAGGACCCUCAUCCCUCUGUGACACCUACCAUCGCACACCAUCAGUGAACUCCUCUAGCCCCUUCCCGGAGCCGAAGCACGGUCGACAUUUUUCCAGCGAGUCCACGCACUCCCACUCCUCGGCCGAGGACCAGCGUGGAGACGGCAUGGGCAUGGGCACGGGCAGCACCAGCACCCAUUCGUCCGGCUGCCGCUCCUCCCAUCGUGAACGUCGCUCCUGGCAGGACCUCAUCGAGACCCCUCUGACCAGCGCCGGGCUGCACUUCCUCCAGACGGCGCCCGGGGAGAGCGAUUACGGCCUAAUGGGGAGCAUGGCCGGAGAGAUGGGCUUUUACGGAGGGCUGGGCAGGCAGGGCAUGUCCCCGGAGAGACGCCGACAGGCCACCCUGCCCGUCCGGAGACACCACGCCGCUGAGAGGGACCGGGACCGGGACGGGCCCUUCCCUCUGGAGAGAGGACCGCACACGCACAGCCACACGCACCGACGCUCCCACAAGCAGCGGAGCCAGAGUCUGCCCAGGAACAGAGACCCGAUGCCGGGGAAGCUGCUGCACUCCUCGGCCCACAUGGAGGAGAGGAGUGAAGAUGAGGAGGCAGAGGGGCAGGCUGCAGAGAUGCUCGAUUGUGAGGAGGACCUGCGGGAGUUGAGAGUUGAGUCCAGAGAGAGGAGGGUGUCGGAGGGAAGAGAGCGACGGAUAUCGGAGGGUCGAGAGCCGGAGUCGCUGGAUGGGCUGGAGCAGCUGUAUCGGGCCCUGGAGCAGGCCAACGUGACGGCCCUCGGAGAGCCCAGACCUUGUAGCAGGCAGGAGCUCCGGCGCUGUUUCACCCAGAGAGCCAGGGACCCUCUGCUCAACGACAGGCUGCACCGGGUCCGAGCCCUCCGCAGCACCUUGAAGGCCAAAGAGUCGGAGCUGGCGGUGAUCUGUGCCCUCCUGGAGGACCCUGGCUUGUGCUCCCAGACCUUCAGAGAGUGGAAACAGUGGCACAGCGAGCUCUACUCAGACAUCUGCCAGCUCAGCCCCGGCACCAACGGCCAGGACGACCUCUCCCCGCUGGCAGCACCUCUCAUGACCCACACACACUCCUUCAUCGAGACACAUGUGUGAGAAAGAGAAGCAAAGACUGAACAGACACUCACUGACACAGACACACACUUUAUAUUAGCUAAAGCCCUGAUCACGACUCUGAGCACGCACCCACACAAACACACACACACAGACACACACAGGAACACACAUUGUAAGAUGUGUAAAUAUCAUAGAGGGAACAGUCUGAGACUUGCGUGUAUGAACUUUUGAUAAUCCUGAGGACCCCACAGGGUGCCUAUUGCAUGCCUGAACAGAAAGCAUUAAUCUUCCUUUGUCUAUGGAACUCAGCAUAAACUCCACACGCUUGUCAAGAAAAACAGGGGGGGAAAAAAGGAGACUUUUUAACACACGUUCGUUCCUUUGUAUUCUCUCGGUUUUGCUAUUUUUCGUUGAUUUUAGGGGGCAGGGGGAGCUAUGUAGCAGCAAUACAGAGGAGAAUCCUUUUCACCACAGCACUGUACUUUUGUACUGAUGAACUUUGCACCCAGAGCCACCAGUUCUCCCCCUUUCUCUCUGUGUUUUUUUGUUUGUUUGUUUGUUUUCUCUCAUUGCACAUCUUGAUUUACAGGGACCUCACUGUUAUUCCAGGCUGAUCUCACUGGACGGGUGUGUGUGUGUGUGUCGGGGGUGGGGGAGUGUAAGGGCAGGAACUUUGGUGUAAGACUGUGAGAGGUAGCCAUCGAUGCUGGUUUAUCUGUUUCUCUGGGAACCCAUGACAACACGAGCGUCGAGAACCCACCGUGCCGGCCAGAUGCGCACGAUUUCAAACUGUGAAGCGUUCAGAAAUCCCCACUUUUAUCUGCAGAAGAAGGCUCCUCUGACAGAGCGCAGUUCGACAGUUCUGUUUGCUACUCUCUCUUCAUCCCCCUUCCUUCUCUUUUCUUAACUUUUUUCCCUUCUCUCUCUCUCUUUCUCUCUCUCUAGUCCUCAAAGACUUGUGUAUAUGUGUAUACUGCUGUGUAUACUGAUGUAAAUGUUUGCGUUCCACUACCACUGUGAUAUGCUUCUAGAGGUAGCGGAGGGAAGACAGAGAGUAUGUAUUUGUGUGGGUGCAAAACACUUUAUUUUUUGUUUUGGGUUUGUUUUUUUUCUUUUAUUCCUUAAACAGCGAAUGCAAGAGCAAAAGAGUUCUUUUCAGAAGGAGUCACUCACUACAAAGAAUGCACUUUCUAUAUCUCUAUAUCUCAUUGGCUGCAUCACAGGGUCUAUGUCUCAUCGGCCUCUUUACCAUUGCUGUUCAAAUAUCAGGUAAAAGCAUUUGCCGUCUCAUUUUCUAAAGAUUUGUGUACAGUCUACAAAUAUAUUUAAACAUAGAAGAAUAUAUAAAUCUAUUUACGUUUUGUGUCAUAGAUAUAAUGUAAAGUAUGAUGUAUUCUAUGCCAAGGUUUUGCAGUGUCCCCCUCUUCACUCUGUAGAUGCAGGGUGUUUAGCAGUUUGAACAACUAGGAGGCAAAACAACCACCGCCAUCACUGACAGCUGAUUGACAGUUUUUACUGGUUUACAUCGCAGCUGAUUCUUCUCCUGGUGAUGUGUUGCAUGAGAAAAGGCCUGGGACUGAUUUGAAUGGACAGGGUAAAAUACUGUGGAUCAUUUGUGUUCUCUUUUUUUCCAUUUUGUUCUUUUACCCUCUUCUCAUGAUUGCAAGAUAAUUAGACUUGUAGCGCAUGAUACAUGCAAAAGUACUGUUGAAGAACGACUUUUUAUUUCUAUGUUCAUAGGUUUAAAGUCUUCUUUUUAGUGUUCGAAGACACACACUGUACAAAAACUGAGGGAGGCUUUUGUUUAUGCUACUCAGUUCCUUAAAGUAAUGCAGAUACUCCUUUAGCGUCCGAGCAGGAGGUUUUCAAUUUGGUGUUUUGGUUUACAUAGAAAGACUGACACACUUCCAAAGGCUUCAGAAAUCGGAAAAGAGAGAUACUUUGAAAACAAAAGCGGUUUGAACAUUCCCUCAAAGCAUAUGGUUGAUGCUGGGCGGUCGUAGACCUCUCCACUUAAGGGUCUGUAAUGUCUGUGAAACUCAGAUGAAUCAUUUCAUCUGCAAUAUCAGGCCAAGGACUCAACGGUGCCCCCCAGUGUCGAAGACUCUGAGAGACAUGCGUAGCACCUGCUGCAUCCAGCACUGUAUGUACUUAUUCUUCAUAUUUUACUGUAGUUCUCGUGUAGGUUCAGGUUUUCUCAUCACGUCACACUGUAGUUGAAAUAUUAAACACACCCCAGAAAUAUAGCUCAUGUUUUUUGACUGAUUAAUUUGAGAGUACCACAAAGAAACUAAAUGAUGCAAGCACUUUCCCUGUGCCUCCCAACCCUCUCUUUUGGCAACGAAGGACUGGUUAUACUGGUGUUCCUACACACACACACACACACACACACACACACACACACGCAGCUGUAGUAGAGUUACAAUACAGUUUUAGUCUGCAGACCUCUCUCCGUUUCUCAUCUUUAGUGUUGGUCUUCUUUCUCCAACUGCUGCUCCGCUGAGCAGGCCACAUACUGUAGAUUCAAAGGAGUUCUUGAGAGUUUUAAUUUGUAGGCACUGACUGUGUUAUCCCUCCCAGAUCUUUGUGUGUGUAGACCUGCAGAAACAGGCCGAAAAGGGAGAUUCCACUGUGUGUUCUUUCAGGGGUGUACACCUCAUGGUACAUUGCACAGGUGUGUAAGAUGUAAGUUGCACUGCGACAUUAAAAAAGGAACAUAUUGCUCUUUUUCAAGGAUAAUAUUAGCUUACUGUUAUUCUGUACAUUAAACUGACUAAAGAUGAUAUUAAAAAGAAAGAAAAUGACAUUUAUUCUUCCUAAAGUAGCCUUUUUUGGUUUCAUAUAUAUGAAUAUAUAUUACAAAAAAUACAGAUUGUAAACCUAAGUUGUUAAACUUUGACUUCAAUAAACUGAAUCCUCUGCACUAUGA